AUGGCCGAACGGACGAGCUCAUUGAAAGCCAUGGUCACCUCGCCUGUGAGCUCGCUCUUUCUGGUACUUACCGCGUGGAUGUCCGCGUCCACGCCAGUGCUGGCCGUGUGUCGGCCCGAGUACCGCAAGAGGCCGACCCACACGGCCUGUCAGAGACCCGCUCCCUGGUGCAAGGUGAACGCCAGCGGCGUGGAUGCGGCCGAGCGCACCCUCAUUCUGAAGCUGCACAACGACUACCGGAGCCAGGUGGCGCAGGGUCGGCUACCGGGAUUCCCAGCGGCAGCAGACAUGCAGGAGUUGCUGUGGGACGACGAGAUGGCCGACGUUGCGCAGGCCCUCGCAAGCCUCUGCGUGCCGCCCGGCGGUCGCUUGGAGCACGACAAGGUGGAGGACCGCUUCACGACGCGCUUUAAGACCACCGGCCAGAACCUGGGCCUGCAGUUCUCGUCGCACCCCGUCACGGGACCCGACUGGAAGCCCGUCGUCGAUGGGUGGUUCAACGAGUACGUGGACUACCCGCCCAAUUUCGUGGCCGGGUUCCCGCGAAACCCGACGCGCAAGCCGACGGGCCACUUCACCCAGGUCAUCUGGGCCAAGAGCCGGUACGUGGGCUGCGGCUACGCCUACUACAUCGCCACGGGAACGGCCCUACCGCACAUGCGCAAGUACACGUGCAAUUACUACGACGGCGGAAACGUGGUGACGAGGCCCGUGUACCAGAGCGGCGCCACGUGCAGCGCCUGUCCGUCCUCGACCCAGUGCGACCGGUCGACCGGCCUGUGUGACUGCCAGUCGUCCCUGUCGCCCUACUGCGCCGGAGCGCCGUCCGGCCAGCAAGGCACGUCUUGGCUGUCGUGGCUCGUCGCGGUGGUCGCAGUUGUCUUCGUGCUCGCGAUGCUGGGCGCGGGCGCUUUCUUUCUCCGCCAAAGAUACUUAGCUCGUUCGAGCAGCGCACCUUCGGACCCGACCGGUGGCACGACGGGGGGGUAACGUGAGAACAAGCACACGAAGAUCGAUACUGCGCGGGACGGCUCUCCAAUCUGUGUACAUGCGCAUCACGAAAGUAUAUAAGGACGUACUGUGUUAAGUUUGCUAGAAAUAGAUGACGCAUCAACAUUCUAUGGCUGGAACAUCCAGUCCCACCUUUACCCGUCACUCUCGGGCCGAACUGAGUCUUUUGUUACCGAUUCCUUUCAAUUUACAACUUUAUCGCGAACCAUCAUUUGGCGAGUUGUCACGUGAUUUUCGAGGUUCUACUGGACGC